GUGGUACUUGUCUUCCAGCUGACAGGACACUCACAUCAGCCAUGUCGCCCGUCAGCGAGGAACUCCCCAUGAAGUCUCCACCAGGGCAGAGCUGCUACGUGCCACGCAGGUACGUGUUCACUGGCGUCCUCUUUCUCGGCGUCUUCAUGAACAUCAUCCUGAUGACGUCGCUGCCCCUUUCCAUCACGGUCAUGGUGCGCCGCAAUUCCACCGGCUCUUCGGGGGGCGGGCAAGUCGACUCGUGCCCUGCCCCCACGACCACUGCCCCCGCCGCCCCCGCCGCCGACAAUGCCACCAACACCUCCGCCGCCUCCACCGCUCCCACCACGACGGGCGAUUACGACUGGAGCGAGUUGUCCCAGAGCAUGGUGCUGUCGGCGGGCAGUUACGGAUCACUCAUCUCCACCAUGAUCGGUGGUCGCAUCGCCGAGCUGUGGAGCCCCAAGCACAUGUUCUCGAUCUGCUAUGCCACAUCGGUAGUUAUCCACCUGCUGUUGCCCGUGAUGGCCGACUGGAGCGUCGUCGCCGUCAUCGUAGGCCAGGCCAUCGGGGGCUUCAUCUCGGGUCCAUUGCAGCCAGUGAUGAUGGCGAUGUGCGCUGCCUGGUUUCCUCGCGAAGAGAGGCAGCUGCUGUUUGCGAUCACCAUGUCUGCGGUAAGUGUGGGCAGCAUCACGUGUGGCUUCUUGAUCGGCAACCUGCUGCAGUCGUUGGGCUGGAGGUUCGUGUUCUACCUGUGGGCGUCUCUGGUCGCCGCCUGGAUCCUGCCCUGGAUGUUCCUGGUGUACGACUCUCCCCAGAACCACCCUAACAUCUCCAAGGAGGAACUCAAGUACAUCACCGAGAACACAGGCGGCGACAAGUCCCAGGCGGUGAAAAAACUUCCGUGGAAGCAGAUCCUCACGUCGCCGCCCGUUUGGGCCUACAUCGUCAUGGGGCUGCCGUCCCAGUGGAUGUCUUCGACCUUGUCGACAUUCACGCCGACUUACAUGAGAAACAUCCUGCACUUCAACACAGCCGAGAUAGGUAAUAUCACGGCAGUGUCUACAAUAGUUAGUUUGACGAGCUCAAUUUUCUUUGGAUUUCUUUCUCAAUGGCUACGAAAAAAGAAGUAUCUAAGUCGCCUUGCGACAUAUCACGUUUUUAAUGGCAUAUCCUCGUUCUUCCCGGCCGCGCUGCUGAUCGCCAUCACCCAGGUGGGCUGCGACGCCUGGGCCGUCGUGGUGCUGCUGGCUGCCCAGGGGGUCGCCUCGGCCGCCUACAUCGGCGGCAGCCAGCUCAACCAGAUGGACCUGGCCGUCAACUACACCAGCACGAUCGUCGGUCUGGCGACCACCAUCAACGGCGUUUUAGCAAUCAUCGCGCCUCUGAUCGUCGGCGCGAUCACCAACAACAGGCAAACGCUGGGAGCUUGGAGCACGAUCUUCUACAUCACGGCCGGGGUGAAAGUCGUCCCGUUCUUCGUGUUCCUGAUGUUCGGCUCGGUGGACGAGCAGCCCUGGAACCGCACGGCGCAGGAGGAGAAAGAUGACAAAGAGAUACCGCUACAAGCCACGGUCUGAAGAGAACCUUCUGCUCAGUGGGUGCCGCAGCGCCACAUCUGCCCUGCCGCUGUGUUCUGAGACACCAUGCAAGCCCAGUUCUCUGCGACAGCUGUUCUGUGUGGUGCUUAGUAACCCUGCUGCCCCAAGUGCCAAGUCUUGUUUCUCGCACUGUAGUGAAGGAAUUGCCGUUCGCUGUAGAUCCCCUUGGUCACAUACGUGUUUACUGGUUAUGCGAAUACAUUUAUGAAAGUUGAGCUAAAUCAGUGAUCAACCGAGUUUAUUCCAUUUCAAUGGCUGAUAAACGAUAACUAUAUGUUCUGUUUGUUUUUUUGGGGUAAUUUUGACGAAAAAUCAACUAUGCAAGAAACGUAUUGUAAUUUGAUACUAUUCUGAAGUUAUUAACUUCCAUAGACAGUUAAAUUUGUAUUCGGUAACUGGGGGGCUUUUGAUCAAUAACGCGGCAGCAUGCAGUGUGUUCUGGAAGGUAGUCUACAAGAUCGCAAAAAGUGGACACAACGGACAGGGUUUGCAACCCCAAGCAGUCGGGAUGAACUUCGGCGCUGCCCACUCCCGGAAGAUGGCGCAGCACCAACUCACUGUGUGGUAGGCAGUCGGCAUUAACAACAGGCGGCGUCGAUCAGCUCUGAGUGGCAGCACUGGUGGUCGUUGAUCAGCUCUGAGUGGCAGCACUGGUGGUCGUCGAUCAGCUCAGAGUGGCAGCACUGGUGGUCGCCAGCUCGCGAGUGCUCGGUGCGUGUACAGACCUGCCUCGGGCGGCUCACCAUCACGAGGACGUGAAGACAAUGUCGCGGUCCAGUUCUGUCCGUUGCAGCUGGCGGGUGUACGGCAGUGUCAGACUGGUCCGCUGUUCGCAGUCACAUAAACAAACAUGUGGUGUGGAAAAAACUUAAUCCGCGAUUUUUUUAGUGAGUGGAUGAACACUCUAUUUAUCCGCUCGAUUACAAAUAAAUUUCGCCAGACUCGUUUAUGGCUUGUGUAUUAUGUUACAGUGUGAUUGUUUAUAUUUAUUACUCAUUAUUUUACAUUAAAGAUUUAAUGUUUUAAUCUCAUAUUUUUUGUAAAUAUAUAUGUGUAUUAUUUCUUAGUAGUAAGUAGAUGUAUGAAAAAGUUUGUAAUAAAUGGUUGAUUUAAAAGUUCAACUACACCCUGCA